CCAUCAUUCUCUCUUCCUCUCCCUGCUCCUUUUAAUAUCACCCAUUUCCUGUGACUUCAAUUUUAAAAUUUCUAUUAGAAAUUUAAACGACAUGUCGGCGUCCCAUCGCCGAGCCACCACAAACCACAUCGCCGUUCUGGCCUUCCCUUUCGGGACCCACGCAGGGCCUCUUCUCACCCUCGUUCGCCGCCUCUCGGAGGCCGCCCCGCACCUGCGCUUCUCCUUCCUCAGCACCGCCAGAUCCAACGCUUCCAUCUUCUCGGGGGGCUCAACUCGGCCCAACCCCAAUAUAAGGCCCUAUGACGUGGGGGACGGCUUGCCGGAGGGCUACGUUUUCGGAGGCAACCAGGUGGAGGUGGUGGAGCUCUUCCUGAAUGGGGCGGCGGAGAGGUUUAAGAAGGGGAUGGAGGCGGCGGCAGCGGCGGCCGGGGAGGAGAUCGGGUGUGUGAUGAGCGAUGCGUUCUUCUGGUUCGCGGGGGAUAUGGCCGGAGCAAUGAAAGUGCCGUGGGUGGCGCUGUGGACGUCCGGGCCUCGGCCUCUGUUCCUGCAUCUCGAAACGGAUCUCAUCAGGGAGAAUCUCAAAUCUUCUGGAUCAAGAGAGAAAUCCCUGGACUUCUUGCCCGGACUCGGUUUCUCAUCAAUGCGCGUAGCUGAUUUACCCGAAGAAGUCGCGUCCGGGAGCGCAGACUCACCCUUCGCAGACAUGGUACACAAAAU